AUAUAUUCUAAUAUUAAUAAUUUAUGAAUUAGCGCUCAUUUGAUACAUAGAGUUUAUGCAGAAAAUCGAAGAAAAUUGAUAAAAAAGAUGAUAAAUCAUAUUGGCAGUAAUUAGAAAAUUCAGCAAACAGCAAAUUUGGUAGAAUAAGAGGUCCUAAAAAGAUUAUUGAUUGUUUUGAAAAAAAUAAAUCAUUUGUUUAUUUAGUUGAAGAUUGUGAUGGAAAAAAAAAGUAAAAGCUCAAAAAAUUUUUAGACUUAUCCCAGAUUUAGUAUUAGAAGAAAAAUUCCCUUAGUUUAUGAUUAAGUACUUAGAAGAGAUAAUUUAAUUUAAUUGA